CCAACAGAAAAAGAAGCAGAGCAGAGAGGAGAGAGGGGGAGGCAGAGCAGCAGCGUCAGUAUCUCCCUGGAUCCCUCCAGAGUCUGUGGCUCUAUGCUUUUUACCACUUCAAUUUCUAUCCAGGAGGGACUCAUCAACCGUGUGGCGUGACUUCCUUUAACGAUGGACUACUAAACUACACCUCAGCCACUCAGGCCUAUCACCUGUGGGCACUACGCUACCUUUGUGGAUUGAAAUUACAAAGCCCUUCAGGGAAAGAGAGCAAUCCGAAAGACCCAAGGAUCAUUGAAGAACAGUCUGUCUAGAGCAUCAAAAAUGGAAUGUGAAUGAGGAAAAUGGACAAGGGAAGGUGGCGAUGAUGACAGAGGCACAAUCAGGUCCUCUCUCACUGUUGUGACAGAUAAAGGAGAAGUAAGUAGGAACUGUGAAUGUCCAGGAGUCAAGGAAUCAGUCUCUUGAUCCUACAUCCAGGUCUCUGACCUUUGGUGUAACUCUGCCCACCCUUGGAUCACAGGGAAGUGAAGGGUUUGACUGGCUCAAGCCCAGAGGAACAACCAUACAACCUUGUUUUCUUUUUCUGGUGGAACCUCCCCUCUAUUCUCUCAUGUCUAUUUUCUUCCAUCGCUAUUCUCUGGAACAUGUCAUGGAAAAACUGACAUGGACUCACAUAAGGUGCUAUGGACCAUACUGGGAUAUUCACCAUGUCUAGGGAGAUGAACAGAUGAGUGGGAGAGAUGUGUAAUACCUGAAAUGUGGGAAAUAGUGGCGAGAGGAUUGUUCUGACACUGACAUUAUUUUCAGGCGGUGAUGAUACUGAAGGCAAUGGUCCAAGCACAACGGACAAUGAGGGGACAGAGCUAUGCAUGAAAGAAAGCAUUGAUCUAAGUGCACCGAACUGAUGUUGCAAACCACAUGCCCCCCAAUGAGGGGCGGGUUUGUGUCGCUCUCCGUGUUUCACAAACAGACUACACUCUUCGCCUGAGUGGAGCAUACCCAUAGCUAUAGAUUGCAGACUAAUUUCCAUUGUCCAUCAAGUUUUAAAGUGAUCGCCAAAAGAAUCCUGCACAUCAGCCAGAUGAAGCAAAGUUUGAUUUUGUCUAGGCUGAAUAUGGUGGAAUAGUUUGACAUUCUCCACCUUCUUUGUGGCCACGUCGAUCGCUGCUGAGCUGGAGAGGACUGCUGGGGGGGAAGUGGCCUCUUCCUCUUAUCAGGAUAAUGCACACAUCCCCGGUGCUAAUCUCUGCAGCCACCAUGAGCAACAUGACGGUGCUUGACACUGCUGACCCCUAUAACCUUGACAUGACCUCGUCCGAGGCCAUCUACCCCAUCAGCUUCCAGGUUUCUCUGACAGGUUUCCUGCUUUUGGAAAUAGUUUUGGGCUUGAGCUCAAAUCUCACUGUGCUCGUACUCUACUGCAUGAAACAGAACCUCAUCAGCUCCGUUUCCAACAUCAUCACCAUGAACCUGCAUGUGGUGGAUGUGUUGGUGUGUGUAUGCUGCAUCCCACUGACAGCCGUGGUGGUGUUACUUCCUCUAGAGGCAGACACGGCCACGAUCCGUUGUUUCCAUGAGGCCUGUGUCUCCUUUGCAAGUGUAGCCACAGCUGCUAAUGUCUUGGCCAUCACUGUGGACCGCUAUGACAUCUCAGUGCGGCCUGCGAACCGCGUGCUGACAAUGGGCCGAGCUGUAGUUCUACUGGGAUCCAUCUGGGCUCUAUCCUUUUUCAGUUUCCUGGUUCCCUUCAUGGAAGUGGGCUUCUUCAUCAGCUCAGGUUCAGACCUUGUGAACCACACUGCAGUGAUCACAGUGGCUCAAACAAAUGAGUACUACACAGAGCUGGGUUUGUACUAUCAUUUGCUAGCACAGAUCCCCAUAUUCUUUUUCACAGCUGUAGUAAUGCUAGUGACUUACUACAAGAUCCUUCAGGCACUUAACAUUCGCAUUGGGACACGCUUUCAGCACAACUUACCUAAAAAGAAGCAAAGAAGCAAAAACACCAUCUCUUUGAGCACUGCAACACAGGCAGAGUCAACUGACGCUUCACAGAGCAGCACAGGAGUCAGAGCAGGUGGGAAUGCACCACUGGGCAUGCGCGCAUCAGUGUCAGUCAUUAUUGCAUUAAGACGAGCAGUAAAGCGCCAUCGGGAAAGACGGGAGAGGCAGAAACGAGUCUUCAGGAUGUCUCUGCUCAUCAUCUCCACAUUCCUACUUUGUUGGACUCCAAUUACUGUGCUCAACACCAUCAUCCUCAGCACUGGGCCGAGUGAUUUAACAGUUCGCCUCCGCCUUGGCUUCCUUGUGAUGGCCUACGGAACCACCAUCUUUCAUCCACUCCUCUAUGCCUUCACUCGGCAGAAGUUCCAAAAGGUUUUAAAAAGCAAGAUGAAGAAGAGGGUGGUUUCUGUAGUAGAAGCUGACCCUACACCAAACAAUGUGGUCAUACAUAACUCAUGGAUUGACCCAAGAAGAAACAAGAAGGUCACUUUCAAGGACACAGAAGUCAGACAAAAAUGUCUAUGCUCACAGGAUGCUGAGUAAUAGGAUAAACUAAAAUGUGAAUAUGUCAAAUCCGUACAGCAAAUGGGGAAUGGUUCCACUCCACUCAAAGUUAAGAAACAGACUAUGGCAAAAACAUUUUAAAAACUGGUGUUUUAGAGGGAGACAGAGGGUCAGACAAUUAGAGCAGUAGAGACAUUUGAAAAAAAACAAGGAAGAAAUGUAGCUAUGAUGGAGAAAUAUACUAGUAAAUCUAAAAAACACAUCCAGACUGGUGCUCAUUAACACUGGAGAAGAUAAGAAGAAGUAAUAAACCCACAAAGGCAAGGUGUUUUCUAAAAAUAAACAUCACCAUCAAAAGGGAAACUACGAGCAGCUGAAUGUGUGUGAGUUCAAGUAUUGCAUUUUUUUCCUCAGCACAAAGGAUGUCUAGGUGGGUGUAGUCGGCACACAAAGAGAGUAAUUUAUUGCUAUUUAUUGUGGAAUGUCGUGGAGUGGUCAGUCAAGGACAAUUCAGUCAUAUCUCUACCUAAGCAACAGUCCUUGUUCUGUGCUUAGUGCAAUAUGAGACAAAAGUCUGCUGUAUGUACAGUCACACAAUUCCUUGAUAUUGUUUGUCACCAUUUUUAAUAAAUGGCCAAAGCCACAAUGUGUGUCAGUGUGGAAACAGAUAUUACAAAGACUGUCUGUCAUUUCAAAUACAGUGAAAAAAUAAGGGACAUCCUUUGAAUCUUUUGUUCAAAAUAAUGCCACUCUUUUUUGCAAGAAAAAUGGAAUUAAUUAUUUAAUUAGGUGUUUUUUUGUAAAAAAAAAACAUGUACCAUUUCAUAAAGACCUUAAAAGAGCCCAUGUUGUUUUAAUAUAAGCAGCUAUAUGCAGGUCCAUAUUGAUAGGGAGAAAAAUGUGAGCACUGCUGAAAAUGUUCCAUUUGAACAUGGAAAUACAAUUUAAAAAUGAAUUAGUAAUGAUACUUGCAAAUUAUAUUCCAUUUAUUAAAUGCACUGUUAACCAAAUUGA